AUGACGCAUAGUGCAAGCUCUGUAUUUGGUCGGCUUGAUGAGAUCUCCCCUGAGCAGCAGAUUGGAGAAUUGCCUGGCUCAGAGACGAGACUAAUGGAGCUUCACUUAUGUAAAAAGGGCACACAGAAAGAUGGUCCUGGUUCUCCAGAUAACAUUAUUUGCACUGCUGAUGAUGUUCAGAGCAAGAAUCUGCAAAACAACAAUGAGAAGAUCCGAGAGCUAAACCAGCAGGUAGCUUCCCUUCAAAACGUCAUCAUACAGGUUCAGGAGCUUUACCAUGGUCUGGUGGCCUUCUGUUCAGAGUUGAAGAAGAUGGAGGAGGAGGAGGAGGUGGAUGCAGUGCAAACGGACCGUGUGGAUGUAAAGAGACGUCUCUCUGAGGCUCAGGACAGUCUGAAGAGGAAGAGACAGAGCCUUCAAAUGCUCAGGGACAGUUUCAACACUGCACCAGCACAGAAGAAUAAGCCAUUAGAGGUUCGAAUUCUGGAAAAAAUGAGGCUGAAUUGCCAGGUGUUUAAAGAUGAGAUCACACUGGUCCACCUCAAUCGGCAGGUCUCUCACCUGCGUGAAGUACUGGAGAAGACCCAGGCAAAGGAGAAAGCCGAGAGGAAGAGUCCUUCUCUGUCUCAGCUGGUCUCUCUGCAGUCUCCUGUCAUGCUUGUGGCCACCCAGGAGAAAGCAGACUCAGACGGUCAUUACGCUUUCUCUGCUCGCUGGGAUGAGGGCCAGGGCCUGAUGGUGGUACAAACCGAGGGGACUAGUCUCUGUCUGAAUGACAGGCUGGUGGAGGUGAAUGGAGUGAGUGUUUUGGGGAGCAGUCAGGAUGAGCUGGAGACCCUGCUGAACACACACACUGCCCACAUCAUUGUUCUACGCAAGCUGACAGAAGAAAAGCCUUCUGUGCCACCUCUGACAGACAUCAGCUCUAAGUGAUCACCAGUACAUAUAAUGUAAAGCAACUUAACACUUGAAAUUAUGUUGACUUUCAUUCCUGUCUUUCUGUAAACACAUCUUACACACUCAUAUCCUGACAUAUUAUAUCACUUAAUUUAAUGAGAGGAAAAGUGACUUAUAGGGUCACUCUACAUUAUAAUCUUAGGGUCAUUGUUGGGCAAUUACAUUUUUUGGGGGUGGGUAUGACCUCAUGUUUUCGAGUUGAUACAGAUGUACAAGCCAUAGUCUCCAUUAAUGGGUGGAUCAGUCAAAAGCUGCUCAUAAAAAUGGCAAUUGCAAUGGAAAAAGAGCAUUUUGAGUUCUAAAUUGCAUUCAACCAUGAAGGUCAAGAUAGCAAAAUAAAUCACUGUCAAAACGUUCACGUGCUACGUUGUUUGAGAAGGCAGCUGUGGUGAAAAAGAAGGCAAGGAAACUUCCUGUAAGACUGACAUUAAUGAGAAUACAGAUAUCAAAGCUGAACUCUUUUCGAACGGGUAUAUUUAUUUCCAUGACACAUCUCAAGGAUUCAUCUGAAGAGCAACACAUAAAAUAUCAAUGACUUUCUUGUU